UAUCGCGUUAUCCAGUCGGAACGUUUUCAGUGUAGCACACCGUUACUGUCAUGUCGGCGCUGAAGUCAGGACGCUCACUGUUUGAGUAGUCAAUUCUGUUUAAAUUAACUAAUUCAGUUAUUUCUAUAUUCAAGAAUACAUUGAUUUGAGAUUGUGUAUUAAGAGAAACGAGGUAACCAUCACAGUAUCGAUUUAUGAGGUAACGUUAAAUUUGAGCCAUGUCAUCACUAUCAGAGGAGGUGCUGCUGGUGGUGAAAAAGGUUCGCCAGAGGAAGCAGGAUGGCACACUUUAUCUGAUGGCUGAACGUAUAGCCUGGGGUCCAGAGGGCAAAGACCGCUUCACAGUCAGCCACUUAUAUGCAGAUAUUCGCUGUCAGAAGAUCAGCCCAGAUGGUAAAGCCAAAAUUCAGCUCCAGCUGGUGCUUCACACUGGCGAGAGUACCACAUUCCACUUUUCCAAUGAGAGCAGUGCACUCAAAGACAGAGAUGCUGCCAAGGAGCUGCUGCAGCAGCUGCUGCCCAAGUUCAAGAAGAAAGCCAACAAGGAACUGGAGGAGAAAAACAGGAUGCUUCAAGAAGAUCCAGUGCUUUUUCAGUUGUAUAAGGAUCUUGUGGUGAGCCAGGUGAUCAGUGCAGAUGAAUUCUGGGCCAACCGGUUAGGAGACAUAAACAACGCAGACCCCACUUUAUCCAACAAUAAACAGGAAGUCGGUAUAUCUGGAGCCUUUCUGGCAGACAUUAGACCUCAGACAGAUGGCUGCAAUGGCUUGAGAUAUAAUCUGACAGCUGAUAUUAUUGAAUCCAUCUUCAGAACAUACCCUGCAGUGAAGGAGAAGUAUAGUGAAAAUGUGCCUCAUAAUCUGACGGAGAAGGAGUUCUGGACCCGCUUUUUCCAGUCCCAUUAUUUUCACAGAGACCGCAUCAACACAGGAACACAGGAUAUCUUCUCAGAGUGUGCCAAGCAGGAUGAAAAGGGGUUAAAAUCUAUGGUGGUUCAAGGAGUGAAGAAUCCUUUAGUCGACCUCCUGUCGUUAGAGGAUAAAACAUUAGACGAGGGUUAUGGAUUUUGCAAAACAUUUCCAUCAACUUCCAAUUCGAACAGGACAGUGAAAGAGAGCAGCAACUCUGCCAUUAUAAAGCGGUUCAACCAUCACAGUGCCAUGGUGCUGGCAGCAGGCUCACGCAAGGGGGAAACACCAGCUGACCACAUUUGUGAGACAAGCAGUACAGAUGGAAACUCAAGGGAUUCUGACUUCUUCCAGCCUCCUGUAAAGAAGGUUAAAUUACAAGAAGUCAUAGAAUAUGAAGAUCUGCAAAGGGAAAACAGACCAAAAACAAUUGCAUUAAACCUCAAGAAGUCUGACAGGUAUGCUCAUGGUCCUGUGCCACUUCAGUCCCAACACUAUACAACAAGUCAGGAUAUCAUCAACUCUGUCAACUACAUCCGGCAUGAGAUGCUUAAUUACAAACCCAACCUCACUCAGGUGUUGUCCAGCACGACAGCCAGUUCUGCCAUUGCAGCACUUUCUCCAGGUGGUGUCCUCAUGAAGGCAGCAACACAGCAAGCCAUAAAUCAAAUGGUACCUACUGAGGUUCAAGGAGAGUUGAAGCAUCUUUAUGUAGCUGCUGGAGAGUUGUUGAGACACUUCUGGUCCUGUUUUCCUGUAAACACGCCAUUUUUAGAGGAGAAGGUGAUGAAAAUGAAGUCAAACCUCGAGAGAUUUCAGAUGACCAAGCUUUGUCCUUUUCAGGAGAAGAUUCAGCGUCAGUACUUAAGUACAAACCUCACUGGGCAUUUGGAGGAAAUGUUGCAGACAGCCUAUCGCAAGUUCCACGUCUGGCAAACCCGCCGCAUGUUGAGGAAAACCUGAGGUCUGAUGCUUUGUCAAAGAGAGGACAAGGAAGACAUUACAGUAUAUGGACAAGUGACCUGAGAAGUUUUUCCAGACUGCUGUGUAGAGAACACAGAUCACAGCCUGAUGGGACAAGAUUCACAGAGGCUUAAUGAGGAUAUAGAUGGACGCUGCUACAUCCCCAACUGUUCAACCGAGACUAACUGCAUCUCAGUCACAAA